AUGGAGAGCAGAAGCCAAGUAGCCAGCGAACUGGAGCCGUGGCUUCGGCUGGACAACAAGGUGGUGAUGGUGACCGGCGCGUCGUCGGGGUUGGGCCGAGACUUCUGUUUGGACUUGGCUAAAGCCGGCUGCAGAGUCAUAGCCGCUGCCCGGAGGAUGGACCGACUGCGAUCACUCUGCGACGAGAUAAACAGCGGGAUCGGUAAUGGACCGAGCCAAGACCAGCCAAGAGCUGUAGCUUUGGAGCUCGAUGUGAGCGCAAGCGCAGCUAGUAUCGAGGCCUCAGUGCAGAAGGCUUGGGCUGCGUUUGGAAGAAUCGAUGCUUUGAUCAAUAAUGCUGGUAUUAGAGGUAGGGUGCACAGUCCGUUGGAUCUGUCGGAAGAGGAAUGGAAUGAUAACAUUAAGACCAACUUAACUGGAACAUGGUUGGUUUCCAAGUACGUUUGUAUGCGCAUGCGUGACGGCAGGCACGGCGGAUCCGUCGUUAACAUCUCCUCCAUUGCUGGUCUGGAGCGCGGGCAUCUGCCUGGAGGCCUUGCUUAUGCUUGUGCCAAGACUGCCAUCAACGCCAUGACAAAGGUCAUGGCCUUAGAAUUGGGGGCGUUUGAAAUACGAGUGAACUCCAUAUCCCCGGGCCUCUUCAAAUCCGAGAUAACUCAAGGUCUAGUGCGGAAAGAUUGGCUCAAAAACGUCGAAAGAAGAACCGUUCCUUUAAGAACUUUCGGCACAUUGGAUCCUGCACUCACAUCACUUUUGCGCUACUUGAUCCAUGACUCCUCUAAGCAUAUCUCAGGCAACCUUUUCAUCGUCGAUGCAGGAGUCACUUUGCCCGGUAUACCUAUUUUUUCCUCCCUUUAGAUUUCAAACAAUGUAGCACUUAUGUUCCAAGAGAUCAAGAGGGAGGAAGAAAUUUGAUUUAAUUUCGUAUUUUGCUAUCCAAACUAUAAAUAAUUUAAUGAACAAGAAGACAAACAUGGCUUGCUCUCA